CCAGGGUUACCGACUCCCAGAGGGCUCUCGUACAAGUGGGGAUUUCUCUCAUAGAGCUUCCCUCUUCUGCACUCCUUAUGAGUGCUGUGCUGUUUCAAGGUAUUCUGCUGUCUUUGUGAGGGGAUCAGAACUUCCCUAGAAUGAGAUGGAUCCCAAGAGAGAGACACCCAAGAAAAACAACACAGAGCAUCUAAUUGCUGAUAGGCGAGAAGGAAUUGGUGUCUGUGGCUGGAUCCUGGUUUCAAUUUCUUUCCUGCUGGUGCUUAUUACUUUUCCUUUUUCCAUCUGGGCAUGUAUCAAGGUUGUCAGAGAAUAUGAACGUGCUGUUGUAUUUCGGCUGGGACGUAUACUGCCUAAGAAAGCAAAGGGACCAGGUUUGAUCCUCAUACUUCCGUGUACAGAUACGUUUAUCAGGGUUGAUCUUAGAACUGUUACCUGUAACAUUCCUCCACAAGAGAUUCUGACAAAAGAUGCCGUUACCACCCAAGUGGAUGGGGUGGUGUACUACAGGAUCCACAGCGCGGUCAGCGCCGUCGCCAACGUCACCGAUGUCCAUUCAGCCACCUUCCUCCUGGCACAGACGACCCUGAGGAAUGUGCUGGGUACAAAGAGCUUGGCUCAGCUCCUGGCUGGUCGAGAAGAGAUUGCUCAUGGUAUCCAGGACAUCCUCGACAGUGCCACGGAGCAGUGGGGAAUCAAAGUGGCUCGUGUGGAGAUCAAAGACAUCAGGAUUCCCGUGGCCAUGCAGAGGACGAUGGCAGCUGAAGCAGAAGCUGCACAAGAGGCAAGAGCAAAGGUUGUGGCAGCGGAGGGAGAGAAAAAAGCUUCUAAAGCCCUCAAGCAAGCCUCCGUGGUGCUAUCUGAGUCCCCAGCAGGUCUGCAGCUGCGCUACCUGCAAACUUUAACAACGUUGGCAGCAGAGAACAAUUCCACCAUCGUCUUCCCUCUCCCCAUUAAUAUGUUUGACAUUGUGGGACAGAAAAAUAGAGGGGGAUAGAAACUGUUCUUUGCUACCUGCUUGGGCUCAGAGAUUUAAAGGGUUUCUCAGAAAGCAAAGGGUUCCAGAUUACCAAAGCUAGAGUAGGAAUAGUUUAAUAACCACACAUAGUUCCCACAUUAGGAGACCGCAUUUGAGCACUGAAUGUUGCAAAAUUCAGGCACCGAGCAGUUUCAUCUUAGAUUCAUCUCCAGGUGAAAUGGAAGAAAAUAUGUAAAAUUCGUGUGAGACCUAAUAAGAAAUUUUAAUGAUGCUUUCACCGUGUAUUGCAAGUGCUUGGGCAUAGCAAUUAUUUGGUGAUCUGUCUGCUAAUUAAGAACCUAUGGGCUGCUGACGAGGUUACAAAAACUGCUCCACACAGCAGAAGGGUAGGAUACUGGUGUAGAACUCAAGUUCUCUGGAGUGGAAAGACGGAUUUGGCCCUACCUUAGCAUUCUUAGUAUUCCUUCAUACCUAUCAACAGAAUUACUGGAUCAUUGGUAUGUCAGUGGAAUAGCCUAUUCUCUAUCUUAUGGGAGUAAAAAUUAGCAGUUGCUUUACCGACCUAAACGGGAUUUUGCCGUAUCACUGACAUUUGUCUAAGCUUUGUAAUGGGAAGAGAAUAUAUGUCCAUGUAUUGCA